AUGCAGGUGCAGAACGGUGAUGUGUGGCUCUCUCUCUCCCUCUCUCUCGUCGAGGUUUUUUUGGUUUUUGAUUUGCUUUCUCAGAUUGUCGUGGAAGAGUUUCUCGCUGUUGUUGUUGUUGUUUUACUUUCAUAUCGUCUUGAUGCAACGAUAAAUUGCUUACUUCGCGUAACAACUGCACGUGUGCUUAUUUGCGCUUUCAAUUUGGUGUGUGUGUGUGUGUGUGUGUGUGUGUGA